GAUAACAGCAGAGCAAAGAGGAGGAGCAACAACAGAGUAAAGAGAAAUACAGAGAGGCAGAAAGCUCCACACACAUCAGUUAUUAGCCGUAAGAAGACAAGAGUGAGAGCGGACAAACUGUAACAGGAUAGAAAGACAGGAAAAAAUAGAAAGAGAAGGGAGAAGAAAAGAAAAAAAGAAGCUAAAGACCAAUACAUAAAGAAGAAAGUGAAAGGCUGAGGAAGUUGUUGCUCAGUUGGGAAUCCAUUCAGCACCCUGUAGAGAGUUGAGUUGUUGUCCAAGUGAACAGACAAAACCAGUGUGACUGGGAGUCUACUGGGAGGUCGGACUGGUUCUACUCAGUGAGCAAACUGCCAAGCACCAUGGCUGACAACGUGAUCGAAGAGUCGGAUUAUAACCCGGGAAAAGAUGAGCUGGACUGGGGCUACGAGGAAGGUGUAGAAUGGGGACUCCUUUUCCCAUCAGCCAACGGCGAGUACCAGUCUCCCAUUAACUUAAACUCAAGGGAGGCUCAGUAUGACCCGUCCCUCCUGGAUGUCGGCUUAUCACCAAACUAUGUGGUGUGUCGAGAUUGUGAGGUCAUCAACGACGGACACACCGUCCGCAUCAUUCUCAAGUCCAAGUCAGUGGUUACCGGGGGUCCUUUGCCUAGUGAUCAUGAGUAUGAGCUUCAUGAGGUUCGGUUCCACUGGGGCAAAGAGAACCAGAGAGGAUCAGAGCACACUGUCAACUUCAAGGCUUUCCCUAUGGAGCUCCAUCUGAUUCACUGGAACAGCACUCUGUUUAACACUCUGGAGGACGCUCUUGGGAUGAAGAAUGGAGUCCUCAUCAUAGCUCUUUUUGUGCAGAUUGGUAAGGAGCACCUGGGUCUGAAGGCCAUCACUGAAGUUCUACAGGACCUCCAGUACAAGGGGAAGAGCAAGAUAAUCCCCUGCUUCAACCCCAACACGCUGUUACCUGACCCUUUACUGAGAGACUACUGGGUGUAUGAAGGAUCUCUGACCACCCCGCCUUGUAGUGAAAGUGUGACCUGGAUUCUCUACCGCUACCCUCUCACCAUCUCACAGUCACAGAUUGAAGAGUUUCGGAGGCUGCGGUCCCAUGUCAAAGGGGCGGAGCUACUGGAAGGGAAUGAUGGGAUGUUGGGCGACAACUUCCGUCCCACCCAGCCCCUCAGUGACCGGACGGUUCGUGCUGCCUUUCAGUGACUCUCACCUUCGACUGCAAACUCAGAAAAACUAUGGGACCUACAGAUACAAAUGCAGAAGGAGAGAAGGAAGAAGAGGUGUGAAGACAGAAAUGGAAAAAGAGGGAGAGAGAAAAAGUUAAUGAGGUUGUAGAUCAGCAGCAGACUAAAGGUGGACAAACUAUUGAUCUCACACCUUCAAUGUAUGAUUUUGUUCAGUGUGUGUGUGUGUCUGUAGGUUUAGGUUAAGUGUGUGUGUGUGUGUAUAUGUGUGUUUAGGUGUGUCCUCUUCCACUUAACCUCUCUCUCCCUCUCUUAUUCUUACUGAAUAUAUAUCUGUGUGUGUAACAUCCUCCCUGUUCCUGUGUGUCUUUAGUAUAUUUGUACGUGUGUGUGUGUGUGUGUGUAUGUGUGUGUGGCCAGUUAGAUUAAAGAAGGCUUUACAACCAGUCUCUGCCUCUGUCAAAACAAGAGGAAGCACGAACCUCAGAUGUACCUACACAUACAUACACACACACACACACACACACACACACACACACACACACGCAUGCACAUGCAAACACAUGCACCCUCACAAGUUCAAUACACAGAACAAGCUGUAAUGGUAACUUUUGUUUUGAAUCUGAAAAUUGAGUCAACACUACAGACAAAUCUGAUUUGUAGGCAGUAGUAGACCAACUGCUGGCACCUGACUGGUAAACCCGCAUUUAAUCAUGUAAUAUAACACCUUUUUGUACUUUUGAAUCCCUUUUCCUAAGAUAUAUGUCCAAGAAUCUGUUAUAUGUUGAAAAUAUAGUAGCAAAUUCCAUUAAAGGUAGCGUGUCUUUCAAACUGAGCUGAAACAUACUGUGAGAACUGAUGACUGUUACUGUAAAGCAACAAUAAACUACAACACUGACUGAAACAC